CGCCCAACCUAUCGAAUCUUGAUUGCUGUCUUUUCGCCGACGGCUCUCUAUACAAUCUUCAAUACUCCGGUCAAUCUCGUACCGGUAGUCCCCUAGCGACUCUUCAACUCGACAACUCCGACCAGAAAAAAUGUCUUUCCGCGGUGGUGGUGGCUUCAGAGGUGGACGCGGCGGUGGUGGUGGUUUCGGUGGCAGCCGUGGAGGUCGCGGCGGUUUCGCUCCCCAGGGUCCUCCCGACCAGGUCUACGAGUUGGGCACUUUCAUGCACGCUUCCGAGGGCGAGAUGGUCUGCAACUCGACCAACGUGAAGAUCCCCUACUUCAACGCUCCCAUCUACCUUGAGAACAAGACUGCUGUCGGCAAGGUUGACGAGAUCCUCGGCCCCAUCAACCAGGUCUACUUCACCAUCAAGCCCCAGGAGGGCAUCGUCGCAACUUCCUUCAAGAACGGCGACAAGUUCUUCAUUGGCGGCGACAAGCUCCUUCCCCUCGAGAGAUUCCUGCCCAAGCCCAAGCCCGCUCCCGGAGCUCCCAAGGUCAAGAAGCCCGCAGGUCGUGGCGGUGCUCGCGGUGGUUUCGGUGACCGUGGUCGUGGUGGUUUCAGCCGCGGCGGUCGUGGCGGUUCAAGAGGUGGCUUUGGCGGUGACCGUGGUGGUCGCGGUGGCUUCGGUGGCCGUGGCGGCUCAAGGGGUGGCUUUGGCGGUGACCGUGGUGGCCGUGGUGGUUUCCAGAGCCGCGGUGGCUCGGGUGGCUUCGGAGGUCGUGGUGGUGGUCGUGGCCGCGGUGGCUACUAAGCGUAGCCAUCUUCACACAAAAAGUGCAAAG